AUGGAGCGUUCUGACUACCCAGCGAACUUGUCACUUGGACAAGGCAUGACAGAUUUUGAGGCUUGUAUAACACAGUCUGAGAUAUUCGAUAUCCCAUACAAGGGAUUUCACUUCACUUGGUGUAAUAAGAGUAGCAGUCACCCGCUUGCUGUGAAAUUGGACCGAGCAAUGGGAAAUGAUUCAUGGCAAGAGGCAUUUCCCGAUGCUUAUGCUGAAUUUGCUGCACCAGGCCCAUAUGACCAUUCGCCUAUUAUUCUGCAUAUGCCAUCAAUAGUGACAAAGGUCAUUCGUGAUUGUUGGAAUGUCUCUGAAUGGGAAGGUUCAAGGCAAUUCGGACUUUGCAAAACCUUGAAAGCUUUGAAAGGACCGCUGAGAGUAAUGAACAAGAACAAUUUCAGUGGGAUUACGCAGAGGGUAAAAGGGCUUACAGAGGAACUAAAGCUUAUCCAGCAAAGGCUAUUUGAAAACCCUUCCCCCGAACAUGUGGCAGAAGAGCAAACCAUAAGAGCAAAGUGGGUUAUGUUGGUGGCAGCUGAGGAAUCCUUCUUCAGGCAGAAAUCACGACUGAAUUGGUUGGCAAUGGGCGACAAAAAUACCAGGUUUUUUCAUAAGGUUGUCAAGGGAAGGACGACAAAGAAUCAUAUUUAUUUCUUAGAGGAUCAGGAUGGUCAGAGGCUGCAAUCCCCUACAGAUAUCAAGCGACAUGCCGAGGCCUUCUUUACCAGAUUAAUUGGCACCCGUGACAACAGUGUAGAGGUUCCAUCAGUUGAAUGGUUGAGACAACUCAUGCCCUAUUCCUGCUCGCCAGAAGAUGUUGCUGAAUAA